UCCUUUUUGACAAAGAGAAGAAACUGGCAGAGAAGACAGCCCAUUGGAAGAGUAGCAAACCAGAGCUUUCAAUGUCUUCUUUCCCUAGCAUUCCAAUAACAUAUCUCAUAACAUAUCAUAUUAUAUCUACUACUCAAUUUUUUCCUCUGUAAAAAUACCAACUUGAAGUUUUGCAUUCUUUUUUCCUGAUUUUACAAUCCCAACUCAAUAGAGGCUUUAAUUUCCUAAACUCUGUGUCUAUCUCAAUUCAAGAAAAGAACAGAGCAAGAGAAUCAACAUGUGGAGCAGAUAUGUUGUUAGAUUCAGUAAAAGAAGGAUGUCAACCUCAGUAGCAACAAAUGGCAAAAACAAUAUGGGAUGGUGGGACCAUGUACAACCAGUUCCUAAGGAUCCAAUCACUAGUGUCACUGAGUCUUUCCUCUUUGACCCAAGUCCUUUAAAGCUCAAUCUUGGUGUGGGAGCUUAUAGAGAUGAUGAAGGAAAACCAGUUACUCUUGAAUGUGUUAAAAAAGCUAUGGAAAAGAUAUCAGACUGCGAGUUUUUGGAAUCAACUAAAGCAACAACAAAGUCAAAGUUCGUGCAGGACUGUGUGAAAUUGGCUUAUGGAUAUGACUCUGAUGUUGUUAGAGAAAGCAGGUUUGCUGGAGUUCCAGCUCUUUCAGGGACUGGUGCAUGCCGUCUGUUUGCUGAAUUCCAAAGGCGCUUCUAUCCUGACUCACGAAUGUUUCUACCAAUGCCAACUUGGUCCAACCACAAUGACAUUUGGAGGGAUUCUGAAGUUUGUACAAGUACCUACCACUAUUAUGAUCCUGAUACAAAAGGAUUGCAAUUUCAAGCCCUCAUGAAUGAUAUCAAGAAUGCUUCAGAUCGUUCCUUUUUCUUACUUCAUCCUUGUGCUCAUAAUCCAACUGGCGUCGACCCCAACUAUGAGCAGUGGAAAGAAAUCUCUCACCUAUUCAAGAUCAAGAAUCAUUUUCCUUUUUUUGAUAUGGCUUAUCAAGGAAUUUCUAGCGGCGACCUUGAGAAAGAUGCUACUGCUAUUCGGAUAUUUCUUGAAGACGGACAUCUAUUGGGCUGUGCCCAGUCUUUUUCCAAAAACAUGGGAUUAUACGGACACCGAGUAGGUUGUGUCAGUAUUGUCUCCAGGGAUGAAAAGCAAGCCACUGCAAUCAAGAGUCAGUUCCAGCAGAUUGUCAGGGCAAUGUACAGUAGCUCUCCUCUUCACGGCCCACUAUUAGUAUCUACAAUCUUGAACGAUGCUGAUUUAAAGGCACUUUGGGAAGAGGAAAUUAAGGUCAUGGCUGAUCGCAUGAUCAGAAUGAGAAUCACAUUACGUCGAACUCUUGAAGAAUUGAAUUCGUCUGCAAACUGGGAACAUAUAACCAAGCAGGUCGGAAUGUUUUACUUCUCUGGUUUAUCCCCUAAAGAGGUUGACCGAUUGCAGAGGGAUUUCCAUAUAUACAUGACUAAUGAUGGACGCAUCAGCAUGGCAGGGGUAACAAGCAGCAAUGUGGAAUACUUGGCAAGUGCAAUCCAUAAAGUUACCAAAGUGUAGAUAUUAGUUAGCUUAAAUGUUGAACCAGUUUUGGCAAUUGGUUGAAAAGCAAUUUGUAGAUUAGAUUAUCUAUCUUAAUAAAAGUCUGAAGAAACCUUUCAUAUCAAUAUACAGUCAGACUUAUUUAUAACAUCCAUCCUCUAUAACAAAACUUCAUUAUAACGGUCAAGUUUUCUUUGGAACUAAUUUUUCA